AAUUUUCUUUGAUUACACACAUCAGAUUUGAAAUACCCUAGUGUAAAAUAACUCAUUUAAAUAAUAAUCACAAUGUAUCAUCACCAAUCUAUAUGAAUUACACGGCUUCAUGAAUACCUAGUUUUUAGUGCGGAUUCCUUUUUAACCUGUGUUAUUUGGUUCAGUGUGUUUCACGGUGUGAAACAGACAAGAUUGCGAGAAAAACGGAGAAAACGGAUUUUACGGACUGACCCCUCGGAAAACGACUCAUCCCCCGAGGCGAACCCUCCCGGGACUUCUGACCAUGGACAUUCUUUACGAUAGUGACCACAAACUUGGCGAAAUGGAAGACUCAUCUAUGGGAGAGAUUCUAGAUCAUGAAAACUUUCAAUCCCCAACUUCAUUGAGCUCGGAUGGCUACAUGGACAAUGAUUGGCUGGACAGUUUAUUCGAGGAUCCAGUUCUGAACGACAAAAUGAUAACGGAUGCUGUACAACCUCCGCGGAUCCACUCCGAACACAGCUACUCCAUUAACGACAAUAGUGUGCCCUCAUCUCCUCUCGGACUCGGAAAGCUGGAAGAUUUGGACAGUGAAUUUUUUGGAAGCAACCAAGCCCUAGACCUUACAAACAAAACCACCCUGAACCCAGGACAAGAACAAGUUGUCAAAACCGAAAUGGAACCAGAAAUGGAGGCCAUGGACCCCAUGCUUACCACUGUCACUACCAUGACAACCAGGACAGUGACAGUUACUAAGCAACCAACCAUCAUCCUGGCCGCCGCCGGUAACCCUCAUCUUCACCCCCAGCAUUCUGUGUCACCCCCCAUCGUCACGAUCAAAACCGAACCUGCUGAUCAGUUAUCAGACGCAAUGGAGCAAACAGUCAAUGUUGACAGCCUGAUCAUGCCCCCCACCCCGCCCAGCAGUGCAUCCAGUGACAGUGAGGGGGGACAGAGCCCCCAGCCAUCAGCGCCCUCUAGUCCGAUCCGACAGCUGCCUCUCUCACGACAUUCUCAUUCCCCCACAAGCAAAUCAUAUUCACAGCCAUUGUUCACCAGUCCGAUUCCUCAAUCAGGAGUCCUUAUUUUAUCUGAGGAGGAGAAACGGACUCUCAUCUCGGAAGGUUAUCCCAUACCAAAUAAACUCCCGCUUACAAAGCAGGAGGAGAAAAAUCUGAAAAAGAUACGCAGAAAAAUUAAAAACAAGAUAUCUGCUCAGGAAAGCAGAAGGAAGAAGAAAGAAUACUUAGAAGCUUUAGAAAAACGCGUGGAGGCGUUUUCUCAGGAGAACAAUGAUCUGAAGAAGAAAGUGGACUCGCUGGAGAACAACAACCGGUCACUUCUGGGUCAGCUACAGAAGCUCCAGGCCCUGGUGGGGAAAGUGUCCCGCCAUGGUGGGGCCACGACACAAACGGGAACAGUGCUAAUGGUGUUGGUGUUAUGCUUUGCUGUGUUUCUGGGAAGUUGGACUCCAUCUUCUUUUAACAUCGGAUAUUCUUCUGGCUCCGUCGCUAUGGACGGAAUGUCCCUCUUUAACAACCCCCGCCUUCUUCAGCCCGGGAUAAAGAUGGGUCCCUCUAUACAGGAUGCUAAGGUGGAUCAGUACUCCACUCCAGCCAUGAAAUCGCGAGUUCUGUUGUCCCUGCGAGAGGAAGAGGAUUUGACGUGGUACCACCCCUACGGUCCUCUAACUCCGCGAAGCCAGCCAGAAUUCUCGGAUCAUGAGAAAGAAAGUCAAGAAACAAACCAAAAAGACACAAAUCCAACGGAGCCGGUCGUAGUUGGUCGGCUAGAGGUGGUGACAGUGGAUCAGCGAUUCCAUCAGGCCAACUGUACAACUCGCAAACACGGAGAGAACCUCCAUCCAGAAAUCAUUAGUCCUAUGGGACUCGCCAAUCCGUGCAUAGAAAAAUCUGUGGAGACCGAAACUGCCUGAAACUACCAGGGCAUAUCACUGCACCUGAAACACCAUGGACCUUUUUUUAUUAAGUGCUGCUAUGUUCAUAGUAGGUGACUACUUUUGGGGAUUGUUUAUUAUCCAUUUAGGUUGUUCUCUACUUUUCAUUUAAAUUUUUUUUAGAGACUUGUCUGUCUCUUUCACUUUUUUCAUAUUUUUUAAUUUCACUUUCUUUUUUUAUGUUCUUAAUUUUUUUUUUCGUAGAAGGACCAGGUACUCAUCAUAAUUCACUGUAAAUAAGUCACAUUUUUCCCUUCAUGUAUGCAAGAGUAAGUGUGAGAAGGGAGACAAAUCCUGCUUUAUUUUUGGGCAUGUUUCUUUGCUUUUGAGUUAUCUUACAACUGCAGGGACGCGCGAUAAGGUGCUUGUUAAUUGUUACAUAUUUAUUGAUAAACAUUGUUAACUACGCUUUAUUGAUUUUUCAUUAAUUUAUUGUAUUAAUUGGAAUCAAAGUUUUUUUUGUGAUUAUUGUGAUGUUUCUGAAAGAAGCAAACUGAUUGUUAAAUUUUUUUUAUUCAUUCAGUUACAAUUAGUUAUUAAUAGGGAGUGAAAAAGUUGUAAAAUGCAUAUGGAAUUUUUUUCUUUUGAUGGUUUAAUUACAAUCAUGUGCAUGCAGCAUAGAUAAUAGUUGUGCAAGAAAUAUUUGGAUCACCUCAACCAAUCACAGAUCGCGUCUAUUUUUGUAAAUUCAAACAGUAUUAAAAGAGUUGUAUUUGAACAUAUCCAUUGCAUUUAUUUACAGUAUAGCGUAAUAAGCAUAGAGAAAUUUGCAUAUACAUGUAUUUGCAUGAAAUGUGUAUUUGUUUCAUUUUUUAUUCGGAUAUUUUACAAUAGUAUGAGACAUUAUGUUGAUAAUGGGCGGCAAAGUGCAUUCUAUGAUCACAGGCAUAAAUUUUAUUUAUGAAUUGUUUUCCAUAAGACUUUUUAUCACAUAUUUUAAUGACCCUAGUCAUUAUUUGUAUAUAGGAUAUUUAUUUGUUUGGUUUUGACAAGAUCUCUAGUUUCAAAGUAAACCCUAAUUAAGUUUACACUUUGAGGCCUAGUUCUUGUCAAAACUGUUGGAAUUACCAGAAUUUCCUCUGUCAAUGUUCUGGUUGUGGGAUCAGCCAAAUACAUGUAGAAUUACUUAUUAUAGAGUAACUGACAUAGACUAGAUCUUCUCAGGGCCAGGGGUAGAUAGCCUCUGCCCGGGGGGAAGAGAUCUCUGGGCAUAAUCUUUGUAUAUAAGAUGCAACCAUGUCAUGCAAUAUAAAAUCAUAUAUAUCAAUAAAAAUAUAUAUAAAGAGCAUUCAAA